CUGUCUCACAUUUUACAAACACCAAUAGAGAUAAUACAGGCAGAUUCUCCUCCCAUUAUAGUUGGCGAAGAAUAUUCAAAAAACCCGCUAAUACUUGUGACAGAAUUUCUACAGCAGUUUUCAAGUAUAUGAAGCAUCUGCUCAUGUUUGAAAGUUUUACCCCAAGUCUCAGACCACAUUUUAAAUCACAAAAUAAGCUUGCCAAAACAAAUCAAAUCAUGACUGAGAGAUUGUUAAUAAAAGCAUUGAGUGGUGGUAAAAACACGAAGAUCAUUACUUUGAAUGGGAAGAAGAUGACAAAGAUGCCCUCAGCAUUAGGAAAACUGCCCGGCCUGAAGACUCUAGUCCUUCAGAAUAACCUAAUCCCUAAAGUGUGCCCAGAGUUACACACCUUGACGCAGUUGACAACACUAAAUCUGGGAAACAACCUUUUAGAAGAAGUUCCGGAAGAGAUGAAAUAUCUUACAUCUCUGAAGAAUCUCCAUUUAUCUGGAAAUAGGAUCUGCAGAUUUGCACCUGGAGCCUGUGAUGGCUUACAAAAUUUAAUCCUGCUUAAUCUGAACAACAAUCAUCUUAUGCAGCUUCCUCAAGAAGUCAGCAGAUUAAAAAGUCUUACUUAUAUGAGUAUAAAUUAUAAUCAACUAGUCAGCAUCCCUAGAGAACUUUGUUUUCUUAAGAAUCUUGUUGAACUUCAACUUAACUACAAUCAGCUGAUAUGCAUACCUGAAGAGAUUAAGUUCUUGAAGAAGCUUCAGAAAUUUUUACUAGCCAGAAACAACAUUGGAGUUUUGCCAGAGGAACUUUGUGAUCUUAAAAAACUAAGAAUCCUAGACAUAGCUGGAAAUAUUAUUCAGAUAUUUCCAUCAGGAUUUCAGGAUCUGAAGCUGAGGGAAUUCUACUGUGAGGGAAACCCACUGUUCCUGCAGCAGCCAGUGAUUUCUACACAAAGGGAGAACGUCUGGAGUCUACAGGAAAUAACAUCAAGAUUUGUAAUGAAUCAGCUAGCAGAAAAUAACCCUUUCCUAAUGGAUGGCAUCGAACGGUACCCACAAGUCAGGAGCAUGAUCUCUCAGGGAAAAACAUGUGCAAUAUGUGGGCAGCACUUUAUAACUGUAUGGCUGGACUGUGUUCGAUUUGUUUCUCCACCAAAGGACUGGAAGAUAAGCAAGAAUCUGCAGCUGGUGCCUCUCCGAGUGUUAAUUUGUUCUUACAAAUGUUUUACUCAACGUGACCCUAACCUCUUUGGAAUUGCUCAGGUGCAGAACAGGUGAGGUGCUCCUUCAUAGCCUCACUCAACUUGCCCUGUCAGCUCUGCAUACACAGAUUAUGCCCUACUUAGGAUACCGUGCUGUGCCUGUUCUCUUUGUCAACAUAUUAAAUAAAGGAAGAAAAAUAAUUCCAUUGUGAUGUUCCCAAUCUAAGCACUACAAUCUGCCUUUAGCUUGCUUAGAUUCUAGGUGUGCUUUUUUUGGCUUAAAAAAAGUAAAAAAAAAAAAUGAAAAAUAAAGAUUUGUGUGGCAAG